AUGAAUCAAAUGAAAUCAUCAUUGAAAAGAGUUAAAAAGACAUCAAGUGAAGACAUUAUAAGUAAUGAAGGUGAUGAAACGGAUCAACAACAUCAUUGGCACAAUCGUACUCGAACGAUGCAGCAAAAUUUAAACAAAAAGCUGUUAGGCAAAUCAGUAUUAGUGAUAUUACACUGCGCUACUGAACGAGAUUAUUAUUCAUCAUUAGCUUACACUGUUCAUGAUCAUCUUGUUGGUCGAUGGAUUCGUACGCAGCAACAUCAUUUUGAAACUGAUGGAAAGCGUGUAUAUUAUCUUUCUAUGGAACUUUUUAUGCGAAGAACAUUGGGAAAUUAUAUUGAAGAAUUAGAAGAACGUGAAAUGGAUGCAGCACUUGGCAAUGGUGGUCUUGGUCGAUUAGCUGCAUGUUUUCUUGAUAGGAUGGCUACAUUAGGACUUUCGUCAUAUGGAUACGGUCUUCGAUAUGAUUAUGACGAUUGGUUAAUAUAUGGCAACCCAUGGGAAAUGAGUCGCCCAGAAUUUCUCGUACCUGUACAAUUUUAUGAUGAAGUUAUUGAAGAAAAUGGAAAAGCUAAAUGGGUUGAUACAGAAAUUAUACGAGCUAUGCCAUUUGAUACACCAGUACGGAAAUUAAAUGCUUCAAAAACAAAAUAA